AUGAAGAAGGUAAAGAGGAAGACAAGAGGACAGAAAGAAAAGAAAGGAGGAGUGAGAAGAUGCCUCACACCCUCUGUUCCUGUCCUCUUUUGCUCUCCCUACAACGUCCCCCACUUCUCCUUUGCAACCAGGGACAUUUUCUGGGGGCCACUCGUCCUCAGUGUUGUUGCAGACCAAUCAUCCUCCAGUGCUGUUAGCCCUCUGGUAGCCCGGCCCCACACCACGGCAGAGGGGAUUUUGGGGCCGACAGUUGCCCCUGGCGAGGCGAAAAACACAGACCGAGGGACAAAGUGGGUGCUGGGAUAUAGGAGGGAGGCACUGGGGGUGGGGGAUGAGGAGUUACACGGCCGCCUUGGUUGGUUCCAGCCCUGGGAGACAGCUGGAGUCCCUCUCACCUCCCGGCUUGUGGAGGUCAACCCUGUUACCACAGCCAUAAGGUCCAAAUCCUUGGCCUGGAACAUCACCAACGUCUGUGAGCUGCUGAACUGCAUCAUGGACAUGGUGGAGAAGACGCGCCGCUCUCUGACGGUGCUGCGCCGCUGCCAGGAGGCCGACCGGGAGGAGAUGAACCACUGGAUUCGGCGCUACAGCGACGUGGAGGAGAUGAAAAAAGGUGGGAGCAACGGACAGCACUGCCUUCCUCCUCCUCCUCUUCCUCCUCCUACUCCUCACCACAACUCCUCCUCCAACACAGCUAGCGGCAGCGAGUCACUGCCCAUAGGAACUCCCUCGGCUGCAGAAAGGCAGACAGGCAGACAGACAGAGAUCCACCGAGACUUCUUACACAGGCCUCCCUCAGGAUACCUGCCAGAGGAAAUCUGGAGGAAAGCCGGUACUACAAGCAUCCCGCUCUCCCCAGCACUAAAGCACCUCCAAAACAAGCAGGAGGAGGCUGUGAAUGAGGUGAAGCGACAGGCGAUGUCAGAGCUGCAGAAGGCGGUGUCGGACGCCGAGAGGAAGGCUCAUGAGAUGAUUUCAGCCGAGCGUUCUAAAAUGGAGAGGGCGCUGGCCGAGGCCAAGAGGCAAGCCUCUGAGGAUGCACUCACAGUCAUCAACCAACAGGAGGACUCCAGUGAAAGCUGCUGGAAUUGCGGGAGAAAAGCCAGUGAGACGUGCAGCGGCUGCAACACGGCUCGCUACUGCGGCUCCUUCUGCCAACACAAAGACUGGGAGAAGCACCACCACGUCUGUGGUCAAGGCCUGCAGGGACUGCCAGGGGGCAGCAGUGUCCCCCUCGGCACUCCCUCCUCCUCCUCGGCAUCCUCCGGUGCGCCCCCCACCCACUCGGAGAGCACCCCGCCAGGAUCCCUGUCCCUGGCAGGCCAGAGCAGUAUUGCAGGAGGGCCAGGCAGCGGCGGCGGAAGCGUCUCUGCGAGCCCCAAGGAGAGCAGUUCCAGCAGUGCCUCUCGCUCCACAACUCCAGCCACCCCCGCCCUCCUGGACGCCACCUCUCGCUGACGCCUGACCCUCGUCCCUCCCCUGCAUACUGAUGCGACAGUGCCCACACUCCACACAAAAACCAAACUGAGGAAUCUUCAUUGCACACCGAUCCCUUUCCUCCUCCCACAUUUCCCUCUAAGCUCUUCUGAAAAUCUUCUCACUACCUGACAACAGACUCAACUUGUAACCUUCCCCCCAAAAAUACUUUUUCUCUUUUUCACAACCACAUUCAAAGAUUCCAGCCUGGGGUUCAGUGUAGUGUAAAGCAUGAAUAGUGCAGUGUCUCUUAUCUCUGUAACAGAAACAUAUCAGAUGUGUUUGCUGAGAACAUGAACUUUGAUGUAAUGUAAGCAUGGAAAAUAGUGUCCAUGUACGGACACAAGACAAGGGCUGCAGUAAGGCAACAUCGACAGGGGGAUGACUAAGCCGAUUAGCACUUGGGUAGGAUUUCCCUUUAAUUAAGUACCAAUGAGAGAACAGAACCCAGCACUGAGAUGUGCACUACUAGUCCAGACAGUUCACUGAUGUGGCACUUUUCCUACAAUGUCCUAAUGGAAACAGGCAAGGAACAUAAUACCUUUUUUUCAAAUGGAUGAUGGGAAGGGGAAAAAAACCUGUGAUGCGAUUAAUUCCUCAGAAACACAGCUUAGUAUUUAUUAAAUGUUUCUUUCUGGCUUUAAAGAAAAAAUAAAGAAAAGUCCAAAUAUUCUAAAUAAAGAAUAAUAGUGAUGCUGAUGAUUACAAUAAUGAUAUGAGAAUAAAUUAAUUUUAAAACUGCUAACUACCUUGCUAGCGAGCCAAGAAAAUCUACACCGGACUCACCUCUCUGCACCAUUGUGAACCCAAAUGAAUUCAAAGAUGAAAAACAACCUGAUCCAAACCUUUGUAUUACACUGCCAAAGUGAGUAAGUAAGCGAUAAGGAGAAGCACUCAUAACCAAACGCAAAGCAACAUCACCUCCUCAGCAGAUAAGCCAGCCCUGAGAGGACCAGGCUGCAGAGAAGCUGCAGAGCGGGACCCAGAGAUACAGACAAAAAAACAAAAAACAAAAACAAAACUGUGACUUGGUCUGAUCUGCAGCCACCUCCUGCAGCCUCGACUAAACGACAGUGAUUCCUCAGUGAUGGACCAGACUAGUGAACAUGGACAAUGCUGUGAACUUGCCUACAAGAGAAAGACUUCAUAGAAACCCUGCCACAGUGUGAUUUUUUUGUGAAUGGUUACAGAGAGGACAGGAAAAGCUACACGGCCUCAAAGGAGAUGAUACGCGGCAAUGGAGCUGCCAAAAACCUCAAAGCAAGCUUGAAAACAUUUUCAAAGAAGGCAUGACAUACUACAGAGACAUAUGGGAAGAUUGUUUCUAAAUCGUUUUUUUUUAAAAGCUCCACAACGAGGAGAUAUUUCAAAGGAAUUGCUGUUACCUUUACAUUCGCUUCCUCCUUUUCCAAAGCAUGAUAAACAGAUGAACGAGCCGAGUAAAAGGGUGGUGUAGACUUAUCCUCUCUCUUUCUACCUCCCCUCGCCCCACACCUCCCUUCUAUGCUCUUCCCCGACUACUUGACUCUCGUUUGCUCCCUAACCACACAGCCUGCUUUGGACGGAGCCUCCGAGCAGCCGCAUGGGAAGAGUUCAAACCUGCUUGUAGAUAUUGUUCCUCUUUUCAUUUUUUGAUAAUGUCUCUUGUCGCUGAUGUCCACAUGUGCUGCCCUUGUGUGUGUCCAGAAAGAUGGACUUUGUUUCAGUUCCGUUUACCUUUUUCAUUUUCCUCCUUUGAGUUUGGGCUGAGCAGUGAAGUCAGAGCAGAGGACACUCGUUUACGAGAGGAAGUCCCACAUUGUACUUAUUGUUUGAUUUCUUGUAUCUAUAUUGACGAGAUGAAACCCCCUCUUGUAGAGUAUUUUGUAUUGCUCGCAUUGUAAGACAGUGAGAGGACGGAGGUGCAAUAUGAAGAGAAUUCAGCUACUGAAUGGAACCUCAGCAACUGCCCAUAGGGUGUCAUAUAAUAUAGAUACAUAUAAAUAUAUUUAAAGUAACAUCAGUAACUUAAUGUGAAUGUACAUAGUAUUUAAAGAGGUCCAAAAAUGUGUUUGCCAAAUAACAGAAACCUUUAAAGUUUAAUGUCCAGAAUAUGAUUUUCUCAAAGUUCAUUUGUUUCUCGAAUUUAUCAAUUUCUUUUUUUUUUUCGCUGUCUCUAAAGCUAAACACUUUCAAAUUUCACUCUAAACAAAGUGUAACACCACCUGGAGUGGCUCCAUAAAAGACCACGAUGCAUGUUGCUGAAAAUGGAUGAAAAAAGAUUUAGAGUGGAUGGACAAGACAAGGCAAAACAGGACUUCCUGUACUUUUUAUUAGAAUAAUCGGCCUUAAUUUACAAUUUAAAAAAAAGAAAAUCACCCAAAUUACAUCAGGAUAAUCUCUGACACAAAAGGAGUAUCACUAACAUUGCAUUAAUUUAGAUUAAAUAGCUAUUGUCAUGUGCUUCAUCCACCACAGGUCUGUUUACAUCCUGCAGGAGGGGACUGAACUGUGUGUGUUUUAUCCUGCUUUUAAUUAGAAAACCCCAGUCUGGUCAAUAUUUUAAAAAAAGGUCUCAUUUUCAAUAAUUGCACCAAAUGCAGGAACUGUCAAACUUGAUAUAUCAUAUCAAGCGUUCUGUUUUUCGCAAAGUGACCCUCUCUCUUGGUUCUCGUCAACUGGUGUGUAUGUGUGUUUGUGUUCCCCCCAAGGUGCAGGGCAAACCAUCAGUGUAGGUUUGAAAUGCCAGUGUUAAGCUACAGUAAACUUUAUAGCUAACUUCCAUACCCAACCAUUACAAUGUUGCUUCUUUUUUGCAGCGUGAGCAUGUAAACUUGAGAUUGAAGUUAAGGGAGGUUUAGGUUUAUGCUAUUUUCUUCAGCCCUCCGCACAUGCUCCAGCAAUCGGAUCGCCCUCUUGUUAACAUGUCCGACAGCCUCAAGGCCUUUAUGUGGCCUCAUACACAUUUGGACCAAAUUAGAAAAAAACUAUUGGUAAUGUUGUUUCUCCUUUUCAUUUGUCAACACAUGGAUAAAACAAAAAAUGUUUGACUCUGUGAUACAUAUAAUUCAAAUCAGAUAAGCUGCAAGGUACCCCUGCAUCUGUGUGUAGCAUUUUUGUAAUGUAUGUGUGUGUCAUAAUUACCGUAAUGUGGUGUUAAUCUCAGCCUUUUUGUGUGGCCCUCCCCUCUGUCAAACGUCCACUUCUUCCACGACUAUCCCACAGACCACUCUACACGACCCCCUCUCACACUAGCUACCUCCUGUGACCAUACAGCUAACCACCAGGAGAGGUUGACCUGGACUUAGAAAUAAAAAGCUGGGCUGAGCGCAGACAUGGAAUUGCAUAUAAUCUGUCGGUUAAUGAGCGUUGAAAGGAACUGCCAUUACUCAAGAUGUGGAAAAAAAAUAUUUACUCCCACCAAACAUCACCUUUUUGAUGACAUCCCGUUAACCAAACUGAUGCUGCAGGAAUUUAGUAAUACAUUUUCUGCAGAUUACCAAACUGACACAUAGAAUCCACCAUGACAUGUACAUUUGUCAUCCAAAAACCAAUAAAAGCACAGACCAAAGUACUUCUGCAUUGCCAUAGUAGGCUUUGACACUGUGUGUGUAUUGACAGACCAUAAAUAAUAAGGUUAGACCUCCAUUACAGCAGUUAACCAAAGUGUCUGAAAUACACACACUCGGAGCACAAGAGUAAGGAACAUGCUCAAUGAAGCGGCUGAGUUUGAAAUGUGUAGAAUUCCUAUUCAAGCAAUCAAAGCGCUUGUUGUCUACAUAUUGAAUAGUGCUUCUGUAAAAAACAAUAGAGGCCUCUCCUUUAGAAAAAGCCUUGUGAUUGCAUGUUCUUACAGUUACAAAGCCUUGCAGAGAUAAAAAUGAAUGCAUGGUGGGUGUGUGUGUGUGUGUGUGUGCGUGUUUGAAUUGUGGUGUGUGUUUUUGUAAAAAAAAAAAAAAAAAUCAUUUUUCUUUGUGUCUCUGUACAAACUACUUGAAACCUUCAGAGCUUUAAUGAAACAUCCCAGACAGACUAUCCUGGCAGAUCAAUUUGCAAUAUGUAGCAACAGCUUUGUUCAGUCAAACACCAUGUUUCACACACAAUAUCCGCAUCAAACACUUCAAUGACAGUUCCAUUCAACUCAAUUAAGAGCUUUGCAUGUGCCUCCUUGUCUGCAAGUAAGCCCUCAGAAAAACUUAACAAAACCAAACCCAGUAGACCAUUUUAAAUGACCAAAAUACAACCAAAAGCUACAACUUUCUUCUUUAGGUUUCACUUUGGUUCAGAUUUUUGUCUCGUGUCCCAGCAUUCGAGAACGUCAUGUCCCACCAAUGUGAGUGGGAGGAGAGAGAAAUCUGUCGUUGAGAUUCUCCCUCCUGACUCCGAUAUCGACAAAGAUCCAUUCGAUUUUCCGCUCAGCUGGGUGUGAGCUUCACUAAGUCAUGGAACAAAUGAGAUCUGUGCCGAGGUGUCAUGUACGUUUCUCUGUGAAGAUAUUUUAGAUGGCAAACUCAUAAGGGCUCUGCUUUUGUUUCGUACCAUCCAAGGGUCUUCAAACACUUCACAUCAGCCACUUUUCUGUUUGUUUAACUAUGUACAUGAUUUGGGCAAAACGCAUGUUUAGAGAAGACGAAUAUUAGCAGGUUGGCAUUCGUCCCUCCCUACCCGAACCAUUAACUCUACCAAUGAAGUUUCAAGGCUCAUCUGAUGUGAUGGUGACACGUCCUUCCUGUGAAACAGGCACUGAUGAACAGCUACAGUAGAAAGAUAACAGUGGAUUCAGCACUAGUUUCCCUAAAAGCCAUGGCUCAGGAUGGUCUUGUUUUUACCUUUACAUGAACAGAAAAAAGGUUUAUGGUUUUAUAUGUGUAGGGAAGCAUUCUAUACUGUAUUGUGCAAUACAUUAUUACAGAAAAAUCUGUUUCUGUAGGAAAGGUUGGCGCUUUGAAGAUAUUUCUCCUUUUUUUGUUUUUUUUUCCUCUUCAGAAAGUCAUGUUGCCGUUUUUAGAUGAAGUAAACUGUGCCAGAAGAAUUAAAUUCUGAUUUGUAUUUAUUUCUUGCAUGCUUUCCUCCCUGUUGCUAAUACCACUCUUUAACUGUUCGCUCUGUUGGAUGUGUGAAGCUGUAAAACAUUCUAAUUCAGGUUAUUGUCUGUGUUGAACAAUG